AUGCCAGGAACCCCCAUUUUUCGCGACGAUGAGUCGAAAACGAGUGAUGCUUCUUUCUCCACAGCCUGCGAUCAAACCGAAAUACCCACACGUCAACUUCGUCGGCGAAGCACAGUGACGACAUUGAAACGAUGGGCAUCGAAGAAAGUGUCGCGUGCAUCGAUGAGUGAUACCCAAGGAAAUGAGCUGAGCGAAAAGAACCUUUUAUCUCUUGACGACGAGACACGACAUAUUGGAGCAAAUAACAAUACCAUCACGACAAAGGAAUUGAACUUGGGAGAAUUAGCUGAAAGGAAGGUGUUGGCGAAGAGAGGUGCAUCAAUUCAAGAAGUCACCGAGACGCUCCCGGAUCACGACUUGCAGGAAGGCAGAGAUCCAUACCUUCUCCAAGAGUACCAUGCCUUCUGUCACGAGUUUACUUUGUCCGGCUCUCAACGGACGAGAAGGGAUUUCGACUUGUCAAUGGAAAUAGGACAGGAUGCCAAUGGUCCGACAACAGGCAAAUCUAAAAUAAACCAUACCCUGACCUCGCACUUGGCUGAAGAAUCCAAAUCUCCAUUCGGCAAUUUUGACUAUCAAGCGAAUACAUCACAGCCGCAAUUAAUAAGCUCGAAAGUCGAAGAAGCAGACCCACAGACCCAGCCAAUUGCCAGGUCGUCAGCUAACUAUGACAACUCGGGAAUUACUGGAAAAGAGACUGACUUCACAAUACCCUCGACCUACGAACCCCAACCACCCUCCCAUGUUAUGACUCCGCUUGUUUAUAUGGAGAUGCAGCGUACUACUCGCGAGCGAAGACUGUCCCGGCAAAGAAGCCUCUGGCAACCACUGAGGUCGCUAUUCUCAAACGAGUUACUACAUAGGCAAUAA